UUAUUGCUGAAAAAUAAAGGUAUACUCUUUUGCUGAAUAAAUUUAAUUUUCACUUCUUACACCAAUUUAUGAUCCUAUUAACCCAAAGAAUAUCCAAAUAUUCCCCAAGGACCGUUAAAAUCCAUUUUCCUACAACCCAGUCAAUAAACUUAAGAUUCCUCUUGAAAGGAAGCCCUUAAUCUCAUCUCCUGUUGCACUCACUCAUGCUUAUAAAUCUCCUAAAUUUCAGAUCUAAAUUAUAAAAAUAAAAUAUACAUCCAGCAAGCUGAUGCAGACUCAACUAAAUUUAGAGAAAAUAUUAAAUCUAAGAAAGAGCUUGAAGAACAAAAAGAACACCCAGUUAAAGAAAAUGCAUCUGUCAAAAAUUCGAAGGUAUAGAAAUCGCUCUAUCUGUGAUAAGGAUUACAUCAAGUCCUUCGGAGACACACUUGUAGCUAACAAAUUCGAUAUGUCUAAGCAUGAAAUCUCCCGAGCACGGAAAAAGAGCCUAAUUCAGACCCAAACAUCGAAAUUUUGGGAAAACACUAAAUUAAAGGCUGAGCUUUCCAAGAGGAAGCAGUCUGACUCUGAUGGCAGCCCUGUUUUCAAAGGCUUUAGAUAUCAUAAAAGAUCAUCGACCUUGAAAUCAAAUCAUACAGAAAGCACCACUCCUCCAGACAGUAAGGCAGGAUAUAUCACCGAGUACAAAAUGAAGAAUCUUAUGAAUGAUCUGAAGAAAAACUUGACUGAACGAUACGAAAAGAAGAUAACAGAGCUCAAGUUCAGCUAUGAAACCGAGAUCUCAGAUCUGACAAAGAAGCUUGAGCACAAGACUAAGGAAAACAGAGAAAUUAUUGAAGCUGCUGAUGAGAACAGUAGGAAAUGCGGUAAAAUAAUCGACAAACUCAGGGAACAACUCAACACUCAGAAUAAAUAAGUACCAUUCCCUCAAUGCGAAGUCUGAGAACACAUCCUUAGGUUUUACUGAGGAAAAAUAAGCAAACCGAAAGACUGAGGGAAACAAUGGGGUUCUUUAUAAAGAACUCCACUAUAUACUCGGCCAAGACUAAGGAUUACAAGAUGGCCUGACUGCAUCUCCAGGAUGAGAACAAGCAGCUGCUAGAGGCUAACUACAAUUUAGAACAAACUUUGGAAUCAUUACAGAAAGAAAAGCUACAAAUUGAGGAAAAGUGAAGUACGGUGAAGAAUGAAGCACAGAAGAUCAAAGACUGCCUAAAACUUUUAGGUUUAACCCUUCAAGACAUUAAGAGGAACUUUAAUCACGGCCUUGUGUACUUAGUCAAGCCUAAAAGUCCCAAAAGGAUUGUACUAAUUACUACAGAUUUUCAGAUGAAAUCUGAACAAAGAGAAAUCAUGGAAAUGGAUGAAAAACAAAAAAUCGAUUAUUUCCAGUUCCUUAACGGACUCCUAGUGAAAACAGUCGGGUGAUAUAAUGCUGAGAAGCCAAUAAUGGACCUUUUCAAAAGAAACGAGCAAGAUGUUUAUAACUUCACCCACUAUUCCGAAGGAGAUAUCGUCAAUGGAGUUUGGCAAGGAAAAGAGUAAGGUCCACAUACAUAAA